CGGCCAUUGAUUGCACCUCAUCUCACUCCAUCUCCUCAAGUCGAGCCUCGUCUCUGUCGACUCAGCAAGACUCCUUUCUCCCUGUCUGUCUGCGAUGACGGCUGCUGUUCUGGCAGCAGGUGACUCUGCAGCCUCACCAUCGCGGACGUCCUACCCACCCCGAGGAAAUUCCAAUCGUUCCCCGAGACCAACACUAGCUUCGCAGGCAGCCAGCGAAGACAGCGAUGCCUUUGACAACCUCGCGCCGCGCAUCACCUCUUACUUGGUCCACACGGCGACCGAGUCCGUCUCAGACCUCCGUCUCCAGGUGACUGAGGACCCUCAGGGAUCGCACCAGGCUCGCACAAGCGUAAGCUAUUCACAGCAUGGUCCAAAGCAUGGAGUGUCAGCGCCGCCCAGACCACUCUGGUUCAGGGAGCGACAAUUGACAGCAGAUGAUGAGAUAAUGGACAUUGUUGUCGACGCCCUGACAGGAAAGGCGUCGUGGACCAUCCACAGGCCGACCAGGGGAUGGUAUCUCCACAUCCGUUCGCCACUUCUGCCGCCUGGUCUGAAGAUUCCUCUCCGUCCUGCUCGCCCAGAGUACGUGGCUUCGGCAACCGGGGUCCGCGAUCCUACCAGCACGCCCCUCACUUUCAGCAUGCGGACGCGGAUUGACAAUGCCUCUCUGAGUCGAUGCCUGUCUGAUAUUCAGGAGGUAACGGAGACUGAAAAGGCGGAAGCAGUACGGAGAGAGGCUAUCGUUCGCAAGGCAGCAGGUGCAGCAGACGGUCAAGACUUCAUCGCAGUCGAAGUUGACGGCACGCAGCCACCUCCCAGUGCAGCUUGUGACAAGUCACGUCAAGGCCACACAGCCAGAGUGUCUUCCAUUUCGUACGCCCUGCAGCCCAAUGGGACCCAUUCACGCAAACGGUCAACAGCUGGAUUGGUGAAUGGAAUUCUGGCAGACGCAACAGCACGCUCUCAAAUAUCGAGAAUAGAGGCGGCGCGUGCGCCUGAUGGCUGCGAAGCAGAUGGACAGGAUAAAGGAGGCGGAAGACAGGUGGAUGGAAGAAGCACAGACGCAUUGGUCGAGCCCGCCCUCAUUCCUUCUGCUACGAGUCGCCCGCCUGGGUCGCAUCCGAUAUCGCAAAGGACAUCGCAACCGACGGAGUGCUACUUUCUGCUCGUGGACGGCGCGGCUUCUGCCCCAGCAUCAUCCCGGCAGCAGCCUGCCGGAGCUGCGCUUGCUCCAGGAAGAAUUUCCGAAGGGUCGCAUCGCCUCGGCUGGGCCAGGUGGGUGUGGAGCCUGGUGCCCGAGCCGAUUCGGCCCCCUCUUGCCUUUGACACAGCCAAAUCCUUCUCUGUCCGAUGGAUCGAUGUGCCCAACUCUGACUUGUCUUCCUCUUCACAAGUGGAGGAUCGCUCAGUGGAGGUGAUGCGAUAUGAAGAUCAGGACGGCUGGUCAUUGUGGAACAGCAAGACGCACGGCCGCUUCGUCUUCCAGGAAGAAGCGGUGAGAGCGCUGGGUAUCGAUGUCAGCUUCUGGAUCACAGUAGGGUUAGCAUAUCUAGAAUUCCUAGAGGAAAGAGAUGGUUACAAUGCCGCAAGCGACGGCUGAAAGAAUCUGUACUGUACACUAGACAUUGCCGCAUAUACCCUACCCCAUUUUCAUGAUCACGCAAAGACUAGACCGAGCUGUGGAGUCGCUUCGCAGCUUG